AUGACUAUCCCGCACCCUAUUCCCGGCUCGAACGCCAUCCGCACGACAGAGAGGCGUGCGAACCUCGUCUUCGACAAGAAUGUCGAUAUCCCCCUCAAGGACGGAGGACUCUGCCGCGCCAAUGUCUACCUUCCGCUCGAGGAGCGUCGCUAUCCGGUCAUCAUGACGAUGGGACCGUACGGCAAGGACGCCCCGUACUCCGAGUUCCACGUCAAGUCGUUUAAGGAGCUCCCCGACGAGCAGAAGAGCGACUUGUCCGCCUGGGAGACGCCGCACCCCGACUACUGGGUCAGCCAAGGCUAUGUUGUCGUCCGUAUCGACGAGCGCGGAAACGGCUCGAGUCCCGGCUACCUCGACACGAUGUCUGCGUCUACUUCGAGCGAUUUCGCCGAGUGCGUCGAGUGGGCAGCUGUCCAGCCGUGGUCGACGGGCAAGAUUGGUCUGCUGGGGAUCUCGUAUUACGGCGGCACGCAAUGGCGCGUCGCAGCUCGCAAACCGAAGGGUUUGACCUGCAUCAUUCCUUGGGAGGGUAUGACCGACUACUACCGCGACCGCGUCCGUCAAGGAGGGAUCCUCUCGAACCAGUUCGUCAAGUUUUGGUGGAACAACCAGGUCGUGACGAUGCAGUACGGGAAUGGCGAGAAGUCGGUUCGUCGCUGGGGUCCCAACUCGCUCGUCGGCCAGCCUAUCGGUCCCGAAUGCCUCGAAGGCGUCAUCCCUCCCGAGAAGCUCGCCACGCUCCGCUCCGACCAAACAAUCGACAACGCCAAGAACCGCUACCUCGACGAGCCCUACCACGCGAGCCGCGUCUACAAUCUCGGCGACAUCGAGGUCCCGGUUCUCUCGGUCGCCAACCUCGGCGGCAACACGCUUCACUUGCGCGGAAAUGUGAUGGGGUACCUCGAGGCGGGCACAAAGAACAAGUGGCUUUGGUUCAUCAGCGGAAGGCAUGACUUGCCGUUCUACCUCCCGCACUACGUCGAACUGCAGAAGUCCUUCCUCGAUGCAUGGCUCAAGGGCAAGGACAGCCGUGGCUGGACCAAGGGACCGAACAACGGCGUUCCUGCCGUCAACGUCCUCGUCCGCAAGGGCAACCCGGGCUUCAACUCGACCGCGGCCGAAGCAACUUUCGCGAACCGCCCCGAGACGUCCUGGCCGAUCGAGCGCACCCGCUACGAGAGAUUCCACCUUCACCCCGACCUCUCGAUGCGCCUCGACUCACCUGCGACUGAGUCGGCGCAGCUCAAGCUUGCUGGGCUAGGCAAAAGCGACCCGAUUCAGUUCAAGGUUCCGUUUGACGAGGAGACGGAGAUUGCUGGACACCCGCUUGCGAACCUUGUCGUCGGCGCCGAGAAGAGGGAGGACGGGACUGCACCGAGGGAUGUCGACUUGUUCGUUACGCUGCGCCACUUUGAUGCGGACGGCAAGGAGAUCUUCUACACCGGAACGGCCGGCGACCCUGUCCCGCUGGUCAAGGGCUGGCUCCGCGCCUCGCUCCGCAAGAUCGACGAGACCUCGCCUCGCCACCGUGCCUACCUCCCUCACCGCAACUACCUUUCCACCGACGUCUCUUACCUCGAGCCCAACACACCCUACGACUGCCUCGUCGAGAUCUGGCCAACCGCAGUCGUCGUCUCUCCAGGCUCGAGCAUCGUCUUCGAGGUCGCGACGGGCGACACGCAGGGCGCGGCUAUCUUCCUUCACCAUGAGCCGACGGAUCGCAGCGAGGAGGACUUUGGCGGCACGAACGUGAUCCACUUCGGACAGGGUCACCAGAACUGGCUGCAGCUUCCUAUCGUCUGA